CAGGGCUACAUAAACAGCUGCAGACUAUUGCAAUGCAGUUGGACCAACAGAGUGUGACCAGCAGCUGUGCAAGGCAAACACGACCAUAGUGUGACCAAUUGACUCAAAUGUGCGUCGACGGCAGCAGCAGUGCAAUUUCAACAAAAUAAGUUGAAGCAUUUGCGUUGCGGUGCAGAAAGAGAGACAACAACAACAAAGCUAAUUGCAAUUUGGCUGCAUUACUAACGGGAGUUGCUUUGGUGUGCAAAGAGAAGAACAAGCAGCAGCAACAAAAACAACAACAACAACAAUAUGGCCGAUCCCGAGAGGCAAAGCUUGAUACCUGCGGAUCAGCCCCGCGCACCGACCUCCUACUCAUCCUAUCAAGACGAUGGCGCCGAAAAUCCCGUAAGCAGUGCAGUGGCCAACAACGAAGAUGGCAGCAAUGCACAGGUGCCGUUCAUUGGACCCGAUGAGGUGCCACCGCCUUAUCAGAGCAGCAGCACCAGCGGAGUGCCCAUGGUUACCUGUCGGGUGUGUCAGAACAUGAUUGACAUCACCAGCAAGCGUGAGCAGCAUGUGGUCAAGUGCACCCACUGCAACGAGGCAACUCCCAUUCGGAAUGCGCCUCCUGGCAAGAAGUAUGUGCGUUGUCCUUGCAAUUGUCUCUUAAUCUGCAAGAGCUCGUCGCAGCGCAUCGCUUGUCCCCGACCCAAUUGCAAGCGCAUCAUCAAUCUGGCUCCCAGUCCAGUGACACCGCCAGUGCCCACCAUGCCGGGCAUGUGUCGCGUCACCUGUGGCCACUGUUCCGACACGUUUUUGUUUAACACCUAUCACAAUGCCCUGGCUCGCUGUCCACACUGCAGGAGAGUGUCCUCGGUGGGCGCACGUUUCGCCAACAGUCGCGGCAUUCUGUUUGCUAUUGUCGCAUUUCUCUUCCUUCUUGGCAGCAUUGGCCUGACCGUUGGCACCAUCUCAUACGCAUCGGAUCAUGGCGGCAUGUAUAUUCUCUAUAUUGCACUCUUCAUCAUUGCGGCUAGCAUGUUGGCGCGUUCCGUUUAUUAUUUCCGGCUUAAAGUGAGCGCCAUCGAUGGGCCCAUGUAAGAUUCGCGGUGUGUCGAUUAAUAUGCAAAGGCAUUGUUUUAUUUUUAUAAAUAUAUAUAUAUAUAUGCAUAUAUAUAUUAUUCAUAUAUAUCAUUCCUUUUGAUAUUAAACGAAAACCGUAAAUCAUAAAGCAAAAGCAAAUCGAAAAAAAAACCAUGAAAAAAUAGCAAAGAGAACACACAAAAAAAAAGAAACACAUUUUUGAAAGCCAUUCACCAUUCUCAUUCUACAUCAUCUGCAGAGUCCUCAGCUCCUUUUCUCAACAAAUAUUAAUGCAAACAA